AUGUUGCUCACACCAAAGCUUGAUCACCUCACCGCAGCUGACUAUGAACAUAUCUAUGAGCCAGCAGAAGACACAUUUCUAUUGAUGGAUGCACUGGAAAAGGAUGUUGAUUUAAUUAAAGAACAAGUGAAGCCAAGCAUUUGUUUAGAGAUUGGCAUUCUUACAUCACCAUUGAUUAUAGUUAUCUUAUGUACCGAUAUAAACCCGUAUGCUUCACAAAUAACGCUUAAAACUGGUAAACAAAACGCGAUCCAUCUUGAUCCCAUAUUAACCGACUUGGCAUCCGGUCUUUUACCUCGCCUCCGUCAUUCUGUCGAUAUAUUGUGUUUCAAUCCACCUUAUGUGGUCACACCAUCAGAAGAUGUGAAUUCUCCGAGUGCUAUUGAGAAAGCGUGGGCAGGAGGCAUUGAUGGAAGGGAGGUGAUAGAUCGGACAUUGCCGUUGGUCGAUGAAUUAUUAUCCGCGCGCGGAAUAUUUUAUUUGUUGGUUAUCAGCGAAAACAAGCCGGAUGAUAUACGAAAGAUCAUGCAAGAGCGAUAUAAUUUUCAAUCAGAGGUUGUCUUAUCACGACUUUCGGGAAGAGAGAAAGAGAUUAUUCUAAAGUUUAGACGGUGA